AAAAAACACGUGUUUAAAAAGCCCAUAUGCCAUUGCUUCAACAUUUUAGGGGCUGAUUUUUUUUUUUGGUAAAAAAACUAUUUUAGGGGCUAACUUGUGGAAACUCCUCGAUAUUUUCUUACACAUUUUUGGUGAAGAAGAGGGCAUGGCUGCUGAGGAGCCGACGAUGAAGAUGAUCAGAAUAAAGGCCGCGACGGAGGAGGAGGAGCCGCCGCCGGUCAGCCCAUUUUCGCGGCUGUUCCAGUCGCCGGAAGUAGACUCUUUCAUCAUCGUAACAUUGGGCUGCGGCAUUAGAUUAAACUCAACCACCAUUAUCGACGGUCUAAAGCUCUCUCUCAUCAACCACCCUCGCUUCUCUAGCAUACCCGAGAUGGGCCGUGGGAACGGAGGAAAACCAGUAUGGGUUCAGACCAAAGUGAACGUGGAAGAUCAUGUUUUUGUUCCGGACAUAGAUCCGGACAUGGAAAGUCCUGAUCAGUUCCUCGAAGAUUAUAUCUCCAACCUGACUACGAUCCCUAUGGAUAUGUCCAAACCGUUGUGGGAACUUCACCUACUCCAAGUAAAAUCAUCAGUCGCGGAAUCGGUUGGUGUGUUCAAAAUCCAUCACUCGUUGGGCGAUGGAAUGUCCCUUAUGUCCCUUUUGCUCGCUUGCACCCGAAAAACGUCCGACCCCGAGGCCUUGCCCGCUGUUUCGGCCAAGAAAAACCACGUCGGUCCGAGCAGUUUUCUCGGCAAGAUUUGGUGGCUCGUUGCGGGAUCUUGGUGGAUAACUAGAUUGGUGUUCAACACUUGUGUCGAUUUGGUUAUGACUAUACUUACAAUAUGUUUCUUGAGGGAUACGAAAACUCCGAUUGUGGGUGGCGCCGAGCAUAAAUCAAGAAGGUUUAUUCAUCGGAUAAUAAGCUUAGACGACGUUAAGAUUGUUAAGACCGCCAUGAAAAUGACCAUUAAUGAUGUUCUUGUCGGAGUAACACAAGCAGGUCUUUCGCGGUAUCUUUCCCGAAGACACGAUCAAGAAACAACGUCGAAAUCACAACAGUUUCCGAAGAGAAUCCGUCUCAGAGGAGCGGUUUUCAUGAACUUGAGGCCGACCACAGGGAUCAAGGAUCUAGCCGAUAUGAUGGCGAAAGGCUCAAAGUGUAGAUGGGGAAAUUGGAUCGGUUAUGUUCUUAUACCCUUUACGGUCGGCUCAGAGGCCGAUCCAUUAGAACACGUACGUCGAGCCAAAUAUACGAUGGAGCGGAAGAAACUCUCUCUCGAGGCGGUUUUCUCUUACGCAAUCCUUAGUCUCACCAUGACAGCUUUCGGAUUGAAGGCACUUGAAGAUCUGACGAGGAGGAUAUUCGAAAGGACAACACUGACAUUUUCAAACAUGGUUGGUCCGGAGGAAGAAGUUAGCUUCUAUGGUCACCCUAUUACUUAUAUCGCCCCAAGUGCAUUUGGCCUGCCACAUGUACGUACGGGACUCACACUUCAUUUCCAAAGCUAUGCAAAGAAGAUGAUAAUAAUAGUAGCAGUUGACCCGACAGUUAUACCAGACCCUCACCAGCUGUGCGACGACCUGGUAGAGUCCCUCAGCCUUUUCAAAUCCGCUGUCUUAGAGAGAGGGUCUAGUCACACCGACGUGAAGAAGCUUCAGUGAGACCAAACACGCUGAAACCGAGAAUAAUAAAAUAUUUAAUUUCUCCUCUUGUUUUCUCUGUUGUUGCGGCCAAUAAUCGAGCAGUAAGAUACGAUGUAAUUUUCAAAAUCUAAUCUGAAUCUUGAAAUUUAUGCAUU